GAUGACGCACGCGUAGAGCAAAUGCUGCUCGUUAUAGUCCAUGCAUGCAGCUCGACUGAGAUCUCACAAUCCAGAAACAACGUCCCUUCAGUUCAGCAUCCUGCGGGGAAAGCCUCUGUGAGACCUGCUAUUAUUUAUUUAGACAAAUCCAGAAGCGUUUCCAUACAGGAAGAAAGACAUGGGAAGACUAAACAUAUUGGCUCACAAUGACAGCUGGAUUUGAUAGAUUCAUUCGCGGAUCUUCAGUGGCCAGAGGCGUCUGAGAGGACAGGAGCUACUCGACAGCUGGUAUUAUAAGAAAAUGGAGGAUUCACCAUCAAAGCAUCUUCUUGGUUCCAAGAAGAGAGUCAAAAUCCACCCGAACACAGUGACAGUCAAAUACGCCACUCACUUUCCCCAGCCUGGAGACGAGGGCUAUGAUGACGCUCCAUCUUUUGAAGACUUUGGCUCAUUUGUCGAAGAGACCUCAGACAGGAAGCACCUCACUGACAGAAAGUCAGGCAGGACUUUCUUCGGUGCACUUGACAAUCGGCCCAAACUUCCUGGGGACCAAAAGGAGAAAGGGGUCGGAGGUCAGCUGCAGAGCUUCGGGGAGGCCUCUGUGUUCGCCUCACGCAUGACAUGGGCCGCUCUGUUUGGGGCGGCUCUGGCACACGGCUGUGUGGCUCUCAUCACACGCCUGGCUGCUGACUCUAGGGUGCCGUCGCUGGAGCUUCUCUUUAUUCGCUCCGUCAUCCAGGUGUUGUCCAUCACUGUGGUGUUUUAUUACAAGGAGCCUCCCUUCGGGCCUCAAGGCUACAGAUUGCGUCUUUUCUUUUAUGGCGUGUGCAAUGUCAUCUCAAUCACAUGUGCAUAUACCUCCUUUGCCAUCGUCCCACCCAGCAAUGGCACCAUCAUGUGGAGAGCCACCACGACGGUCUUCAGCGCCGUACUGGCGUUUUUACUCAUCGAUGAGCGACUGGGCAUGACAGACGUGGUGACAGUUGUCAGUAGCGUCUUUGGCCUCUGCUUGGUCAUGAUUCCCAACAUCGUAGGCGAGCACCGAUCACUUGGUUUCUGGAAGGAGGCCUUUGGCUACACCAUGACGGUGAUGGCAGGCUUAAUGGCGGCCCUGUCCAUGAUCAUAUACCGCGCCAUCAAAGAGAGGGUGAGCAUGUGGACUGCGCUCUUCACCUUUGGCUGGACUGGAACGGUGUGGGGGGUUUCCACCAUGUUCAUCCUGCAGGAGCCCAUCAUUCCACUGGACGGAGAGACAUGGGGGUAUCUUAUCGGCAUCUGCGUCUGCUCCACUGUGGCAUUCCUGGGGGUCUAUUAUGCCCUCAACAAGUUCCACCCCGCACUGGUCAGCACCGUUCAGCAUAUGGAGAUUGUUGUGGCUAUGCUUCUGCAGCUAAUUGUGCUCCACAUGGUGCCCUCGGUGUACGACAUCAUCGGGGGUCUCAUCAUCAUCACCAGUGUUGUCGUGCUGACAGCUGUAAAGCUUUACUGGGUGGGCAAGAGCAAAAGACAGGAGUAUGAAGAGAUCCUUGACUCGCCAAUAAAGUGAACAAAGUUAUUGCUUUAGAAAUUGUUUUAUUUAUGGUACCCACACUCUUAAAAACAAAGGAUCACUGGCAUCUGUGGUUCCAUGAAGAACCUUUAUCAUCCAUGGAACCUUUUAAU